CACAGUUGUUUACAACGAUGUCUUGUUGGAAGAUAGCACGUUCCUUUUCGUUGCGAAUUGGUCGUAAACAGCUGAUUUCUUCAUUCAGAGGUAGAUUGGCGAUCAAAAGGAGGUUAAGUUACGUGGUUCUUGGCGAGGGGGAGAGUGUAAGCAACUUUAAAUACAGUGUUUCAUUGUAAUCGAGAAAUCGCCCUGUGUUAUUUCCUUGAUUUUGUAAAUUUUAACUAGAUUUUGUUUCCAAAUGGCAAACGAGAUUUUACUUGUCAGUGGUGUUUUAGUCGGUUGUGUCCAUAUCAUAAUGAAUCCUAGAAACUUCCACAACCGAUAGUUCAAAUACGAUAUCGUAGAUCUCAUAGAGUCUAUACACUAGUCAGUAGCAAAAUUGAAUGUAAAAUGAUGCAGUUUAUAACAAGUCGGAAAAUAUAUUUUUGAGACACUGGUAAUGAGAAGCAUAGGGAGGCAAAUAAAUGGGGGUGAAGCUUCCAACCUUUUGGUACCAAAAAAAGGGUCUGCUGAGUGGUUUCUGCACGUGAUAAUUUUCGAGGAUUUAUUUGUAGUUGGAAAGCACGCAUUUCACAAGGCAAUGCUUUGUUGAAGAUAUGUGUGUUCGAUUGCUGGAACCUUUUUUAAUUCUAUACUAGAAUGGUGUGCCAGUUAAAGCGUGGGUGAAAGGUGUUCCUGUGGAAAAGGAUGCUGCUGACCAGCUUCGCUCUCUGGCCAAAUUGCCAAUAAUCCACUCACAUGUUGCAGCUAUGCCUGACAUGCAUCUUGGGAAGGGAGCAUGUGUGGGAUGUGUGGUGGCUACUGUUGAUGCAAUCAUUCCAGCGGCAGUAGGAGUGGUCAGUACAACUUAUAAAUCAUUUUAAUAUGUUUUCAAUUAAUUGUGAGGAUGGGUAUGGUAAUAUGAUCAAAAAUCUGUUUUGUAACUAGCAGACACAAUAAUCAGGAAGCCAUGUUAAAGAAAUUAUCAAGAGAUGACAUCUAAGGUGAAACAGAUUUCACUAAAACACCCCCUUUUCCCAUCCAGUUACUUGCAGAAACACAGAAAACAAAUUACAACAUUGUAAAGGUGAAGUAGGGGUGAAAGGAAGAAUAUUAAAGAUGAGAUUAGUGUGCUAGAAUAUUGUGAUCUCAGUGACAAUGUGUCAUGAAGGUUCUUUACUUGAGUAGGUUUCUGAAAGAGAAUUGAAGACUUAUAAAUGAUAAAAAUUUACUUACUUCCCAUUUAUUUAGGACAUUGGAUGUGGAAUGAUGGCAGUAAGGACAACAAUAACUGCAGAACAACUGCCAGAUUCACUGAAGAACCUUAGGAGGGCUAUUGAACAGGCUGUACCACAUGGACGAACCCAUCAGGUACCUACAUUAACUCACGAUUUAUCAUUUACUGUUUUAAUCCUUUAUGGGGAGAUUGGAGCAGAAUUGGAGUUGUGUGCUCUAUUUAGGAUUUUCUAUUAGUUCUUCAGUCCCUGCACAAAAACCAACAUUUCAGGUUCCAAUCAUGCCUUGAAAACAGUGGACAAAGAGCUAUCAAUCUACUUUGUUGUUUUUCAUCUUACAUGUGAAAAUAAUUUUUUUUGUACCCUUUACACUGAUUAUAUCCCUGUCUAUAAAAAAAGAAUUUUUUUGGAAGAGCAGUCAGCUCCUUGAGGCAGCCAGAGUCUGGACUAAUUCAACUUGAUCUAGACUCAAGCUUACAAAUCAUAUGACCAGAAGCACCAGUGAAUGGAAUUUUCACUUUUUAUUGGUUUCUGAGGUGUCAGCUACUCAAAUUAGACAAAGAAGUAAAGUGCCUUUGCUGGCCACUAUAUUUUUUUUAAAAUUUAUUUAUUUAUUAUUUUUUUAUGGCUGGCUACUACAGAAUCUGUGGAUAACACUGGAUACAUGUAUUAUUGUUAUUCCAUUGGUUAACCCUUUAGCGCCCAGAUCAAAUUGUCAUUCUCUUUACUGUCAAUCAUACAAUUCUUAUAGUGUUAGUUUAGAGAAUUUAGUAUUGGGUCAACUAAUAACCCCCAAAUUGAAAUUUUUCUUUAUUCGCAUCACCUAUCUGGUUGACAAAUUGUAUUGAUAUUGUAACGAGAAAUUCUCCCUUGGUCACUCAGGGGAGUUAAAGGAUUAAUUCAACUUAACAUUGAAAAAGAAUGGAUUAAGUUUAGGCUUUCUAGUAAGCAAUGUUUUCAAAUUCUUUCUAGGGUGGUAAAGGUGACCUAGGCGCCUGGAAGGCCAGAGAAAUUCCUGACUAUGUGAUGAAUGAGUGGAAUAAACUAAAAAAAGAAUAUGAAUUCAUCUGCAGUCACCAGCCAUUGGCCAAGGCACAGAACACUGUCAAUCAUCUGGGGACUCUAGGAAUGGGAAAUCACUUUAUUGAGGUGAAUUUGUUGUGAGAGGAGACACAUGACUUCUGACUUUACAAACCAAGUCAUAGCAAGGCUACAUCUGUUCCUAAACGAAUUGAGUUUGGCUAUUGUGGCAGUAAAGUGGAAAGCUCUAAAUUCCAUACAUGAGCAGGGGCAUUUGAAAUCUGACAAUAAGCUCAUCAUGGGUUUUUGAUAAAGUAAUGCUUUUGUUUGCCAUGGAAGUUGAAUCUGGAUUAUUUACAAUUCUUGGCCCUGUCUUUAGAUUCUAUCAUGAAUGGUAGUUCCUGAAUUUUUUUUCUUUUUUUGCUUGUUUGUUUGGUUUUACCCUUUUUUUUUUCUAAAAAGUGACAAAGAAAAAUACACUGAUUCUGACACUUUUAUUGUGCCUUAAAGCUCCUAUCCAAAUCCACAACCAUCUUUUUCCAAGUGCAUAUGAGCAACAGAGGAUAACAUCAGGGAGGAUAGAAAAUCUAUCUUCUACUAAGCACCACAUACCUCAGCAACUUAAUCAUGUGUCAGACAUUUCCCCAAUGUUUCCCUCCUUGAAAAAUUAUGUGAACUUGAUUUUGUGAAAAGUGAAUUUUCCUGUUUGUAUCGAAGCUGUACCGUGAAUAUCAACAAUGUGUAUAGUUUCCAGUUACCUAGACUUUAAUUUUCGUUAGGCUUCCAGUUCAGCCCUUCCCGAACGAUGAUUACUGAGUCGUUAAUUCUACCAGUUAUCCGGACCAUAGUGUUGUUCUCCUUCAGAUGUGUCUUGACGAAGAAAACAGGGUGUGGUUUAUGCUGCAUUCAGGGUCACGAGGCCCAGGCAACAGGAUCGGCACAGUUUUUAUUGAACUCGCCAAGAAAGACAUGAUGAAACUGGACAAGCAAAUUAAGGUAUGCUGUUCCAUCCAAAGCCAAUAUGGUAAUUACCCUUUAGAGCUGGGUUAGUUUAGAGGACUAGGAAGCAAGGUUUGAAAUCAUCGAUUUCAAAAAGUACCUUUUUCUCUCUGUCCAUACGAGUACAGAAAUUUUCUAUUUUCAAAAUCUCUCAUUUCAAGAGGAUUUCCAAAAAUGGUCCGUUUUGAACCCCUACUAGCGAUAACUAGCUUUGAACUGGUGGAAGUUGGGACUUAAUACCACAGUUUAUCAGGAAGAUAAGUUAAUUUUUUUUUAAUUACAUAGGUUGAUAGAGAUCUCGCUUACCUCAGAGAGGGAACGAAAAACUUCGACGACUACGUAUUUGCCGUUAAUUGGGCACAAAAAUUUGCUCGGCUGAAUCGUAAUUUAAUGAUGACCAAUGUGCUCAAGGCAGCACAGUCUUGUAACGAUAUGCCGGCCUUCAAUGUGGAUCCGUCCAGCAAGGCUGUCAACUGUCAUCACAACUACGUCAAGGUGGAGACACACUUUGGAAGAGAAGUGUUUCUUACAAGAAAGGGCGCGGUUGGUAACCAUAAUAGCCCAUUAUUUACAUUCCGUAGAAACAAAGUUGUCUUAACCUCCUUUGGAGCUUUUGUUGCAUAAGAAAUUUACUUCAUUAACGAUUUACGAUUACGUAUGGUGAAACCAGAACCAAGGUUAUCAUGCAUAACGGCCAAACAGGGCAAAGGUAAAUAUCCCAAGCAGCCAACGAGAACACAAAGUAAAAAAGGUAACCUGGAUGAAGCGCGGAAAAAUGCGGGUGACCAAGUCGCCAUUGAUUUUAGUUUUUAAUUUGAUUGGCUGAGAAAGAGAAUGGCGCGAAUAUGACAGGCAAAUCAGAGAACGAAGUAAAGCAAAAAAUAUCACAAUUUAGGAUUGUUUUCGGUUCCCAAUUGAAAUUUCUCUACCUAAGUCGAAAUAACGAGGAUCUUAAUAUGCAUUCCUUUACAUUGACUGUUUUUUUCACGGAAUGUUUUUCCUUACAGGUUUCCGCUCGUCAGGGUGAGUUAGGCAUAAUACCAGGGUCCAUGGGCGCGCGGUCGUUCAUUGUCAGAGGCAAGGGAAAUCCUGAGGCUUUUCACAGGUUUGUGUUUUUUUGUGUGUGUUCGUCAUGAAUAACAGCGUCUUUACUUCGAACAACUGAAUUAUUCGCCAUACUGCCACUUAGAGCUGAGUGAGUUCAAGGCAGGUUUCCUUUGCACAUUUCCAAUACUCUUUUCAUAAUGAUUUUAAUAUAACAGUAACAAUAUUUCAGAAAAACAGUAAGUGUAACAUUGGUAUGGAUAAGUGAAAUAAAGACUGAUUUUUUUACAUAGCGCGGUCUCUCAAUUUAUUUAACAUUGCCUUACUAUAUUCACAAUUAAACUAAGGCGUAAAUUUGAAGAAAAAGAUGGAAGAACAACAACAUAGUGAUAAUGACUAUAUUUAUGGUAACAAAUUUUUGAAUACUCCUUUAGCUGUAGCCACGGUGCCGGCCGUGUCAUGUCACGAGCCAAAGCCAAGAAAAUGUUCACAAUUGACGAUCACGUGCAGGCGACACGAGACGUGGAGUGUCGUAAGGAUGCUGACGUGAUUGACGAAACACCAAUGGCUUACAAGGACAUCGAUGACGUCAUGGCAGCACAGAGUGACUUGGUGGAUGUAGUUCACACGCUGAAGCAAGUGGUUUGUGUGAAGGGAUGAUGAACGCUGUGAUACAGUAUGAGCUGUCAGGCACUUUGCACUACUACACUACACGUGACUUGCUGCGGUAGCCUCCUGCGUUAUGCUUCGCAGGUUGUCACACAAUGUUUCCGUUUGAAAGGAAUGCACGAAGAAAGUCUGGAAAGGUGCUGGUCUAAGCCUGUAUUUUACACGUCAUGUAAUUCUAGUGGUUUGUCAACGUUUAAAUGCAGGCCUCAGAAAAUUUCGUGCGAAGGUUACUAGUAUAUGGUAGGAACGGGACAGAACAUACGCUUUGGAACAUUCACUCAUUGAGAAAGGAAGCUAGUCGGAAAAUUCUGAUGCUAAGCAUUUUAAUAUCAAGUGUAUGUAACGCCAAGUUUAACGCUCGCUUUAGUUAGAAGACGAACACAACUAUCAAGUGAAUUCCUAGGCUAUCGGAAUUGAAUAACAAAUUUGCGACAGGCCGUCCUAUUGGUGAAUAAAUUUUAGUCAAGUCUGUAAACCUAAAGUAAAGUCGCUUAUUGUGAGAACUGAAUUACAUAAAUGUAACACGAUCUAAAGCCCGGUUCAGACGUCGCACUUCGGCCGCGCCGAAUCGAAUUCAACGAUAGGCGACCUAAUUUAGUUAAUCCUGGCUGAAUUGAUUUAGGCCCAGUUCAGACGCCGUACUUCCGCCGAGCUGAAUAAAAUUCAACGAAUUAAGUUCAUGCGAAGUACGGCGUCUGAAUCAAUUCGGAAUGGCUGAUUUAAUUUAGAUUGGAUCAGUCAGUUAAUCCUGCCCGGCUCAGCCGGGAAGAAAGGCUGUAGGCCGGUUUUGAUUCGGACGCCGUACUUCAACUGAGCCGAACCAAAUGCAAAAAAUUAUUUUAAUGUAUUUUUCAUGCUGUUUUUACUCGAGAGCAUGUGCAAAGUAUUGUUUUGCAGGAAAAAAAUGUCCGCUUGGCGGGUCAAACUAGACGAAGUGUCAAUCGACUCAUUUUUGGUAUUUUGCGCAUCUUUUUACGAAAUUGCUUUUCUCAAGGUAGGAGACAUUUUCUGUAGUUUGGCGUUAAUUCUAGUUUGGAGUGAAAGCGGUCGCGGCUGGCGACCAUCGAGUUGCA